CAUUUCCCUUUUGGGAGCACAAGUAACCAGUCAGGCAACUGGUAAAUCCAGUCAAAUCGAACGUGAGCCGUUUCAAUAAUACAGAUAUAAAGAUAGAAAAACGGACAACGAACAAAAUACACACCUCCCGAAUUUGAAGUGCUCCAGCCGGCAGCAACUCCCGAUUGCCCAAUCAGCCUAUUCCCGAGUGUCUCACUGCUGUUCAAAGCGCCCUAUUGAUAACAUGGAGGUCAAAGGAUGUCCCUGUGUGACAAAAGCAAAUCAGCCAGCCGCUGUUAAUGGACCGAACCAAGGAUCUGGACUACAAGGUCCACAGCCGGGCGGCCCGCCCGCUGCCCGUCGUCGGCCAUGUGGUCCAGAACCAUGUGGAACAGAAAUGUGCCCCACUACCAAGACGAAGUGUUAUGCAGGUGGUGCCCCUGGCGCUGCAACACGUUCUGCUCCUUUAGGUGGCCCAGACGGUGAGCGUGCUGUUGGCUUUGGACCUGAUGGCGGACAUGGCGUUGGCCCGAACUACACGCCCGGCGAAGACCCUUACGGUGCACCUGGCGGUCGCAACGGUGGACCUGGAAUGGGUACUGACGGGCGUGGCGGCCCCGGAACUGGCGAAUAUAACGAUGGUCGUAGCGGCGGCACAGACAAUGAAGGUCCCUCUGGCAAAGGAUAUAACGAUGGUCGUGGCGGCGGCACAGACAAUGAUGAUACCGGUGCAUAUGGCAAAGGAUAUAACGAUGGUCGUGGCGGCGGACCCGAAAAUGAUAACCGUGCUGGUAAUCGAUAUAACGAUGGUCGUGGCGGUGGCCCUGCUGCUGGAGGUGCCCGUGCCGAUGACGGAUCAUAUGGCGCCGGUCCCACAGCUAAAGGAUAUAAAGAUGGACGUGGCGGUGGCCACUACGAUAAUCGUGGUCAGGGCUACGUGCAGAAACAAGAACAAGCAGCAAUUCCCGAAGGAAAAAUGGUUCUGUGCAUAGCUGUGGCACUCUUCGCCGUUGGAGUCGCAACGACCAUUAGUCUAGGAGUUGCGGCCAAUGAGCUGGGCUAGGAUCGCCAGAGGGAUCGAAUACAAAUCUCAGAUAAACACAGAAUCCAGAACACACCCAAUACAGGACACACACAAUCCACACAAUCAAGCUACAGUCAGGCGUUUUGUUCGCAAUUAAAAUUCUAAAUUCCA